AUGUUCUCUCCCUCAUUCAUCAGAGCGAUCCAGGUGGCCCUUUUACUGCCAACCACCAUCGUCUUCGCAAGCCCCGUCGCUUCGAAUGCCAGUGUUGUUCAGACCAGGGCUGCUGGUGGACUCGCCGAUGCCGCCAAAGCUGCGGGUCUGAGGUUCUUCGGAGCAUCGACCACGGUGGAUCAGCUGAACGACGAGCCCUAUGCAGAAUUGCUUUCCAACACCAGUGAUUUCAACCUUGUUACCUCGCUCGAACAAUUUGUAUGGGGUUCGAUUGAACGGCAGCCUGGUCAAUACGAUUUUAGCGUCGCUGACCGACUUAUCGCCUUUGCUGAGAGGAACGGGCAACUCGUUGCUGGUGGUACCCUUGUGGACGCCGUCCGCCAUUACAGAGCCCCGGGUUACAUCAACCCACUGCCCAACAAAUACCCUCCUGACGACAUCCGCGUGGCCCUUGAGAAGUUUGUCACCGCAGUGGUCUCGCGGUACAGGGGCAGAGUUCGUAAGUGCUUGAUUCUUCAGUUCCAAGCGCGAGGCAGGUGUGCUCAUUUAACACUGAAGAUUACUGGGAUGUCGCCCGAGCCCAAAGACGUGACUUUCGGUCGUUUCUUCUCAGUGGAAUGGGGUGUAGGCGUGACCGAUUAUCUCCAAAUCGCUCUACGAGCUGCGAGGAAAGCCGACCCUAACGUCAAGCUCUAUGUCAGCAACGCCUAUCUCGAGGAAUUCACCGGACGAAACGUCACUGACUUCCCAGCCAUGCUAAAUCUCGUGAAGCGCUUGCAAGCCGAGAACGUACCCAUUGACGGGGUCAACUUCUGGCUCGACCUCUUCGCCCUGCCGAGUAUACCACCCGAGGGUGACUUUUACAGCAACUUGGUUUCCAAGUUUCGACAGUUGGAGGAGCUGGGCGUCGAGGGUACUCUCGGGAGUACUUCGAUUUGGACCGAGGAGGACAGGCCUUGGAAUCCACCGGCAGCGCCCUUGCAUGCUCAGGUGUACCGUGAUGUUGUCAGGGCUUGUAAGGAUUCGAAGGCGUGUGUUGGGAUUAACCUUGCGAGUUUGACUGAUAAGUAUCAGAUCCUCAUUGACGCAGGGCCAAUUAACCCUUAUCCCUGGGACAAAGAUCUGCAGAAGAAGGAGCACAUCUACAACGCCAUUCGGGAUGGAUUGGUUGGUUAA